CACGCGAAACUAUUUUGCGUUUACCUUUAUGUCAUAAACAAGAGCACGUUUUAACCUAAAAGAAAACAAAUUAGCCGGCGAUAAUUUGUGAUUGCGGUUAGUUUAAGAUUUUACAAUGACAAACUCCACAGAAAUAUUUAAUUUGAUCAAUGGAUCUAGUAAGGAGUACAAUACAUUAGAAAAUUUGAUUUUGUUAGAGACAUCAGAGGAAAAGACUCAUGAAGAAUUAAUUAUAACAAGAAUAAAUACCGAGCUUAAAAAAAGACAUUCAUGUGUUAAUGGAUUUAAAUUAGUUCAUUACAUUCUACCAAAAAUAUCAGAUGAAAAUUUACUUAAAUAUGGAUUACUGUGGAUUACAAAAUCAAUACAGAUUUUGGGCAGUAUUGAAAAUAAUAUUUCUGAAGUAACUUUUGCUUGUCAAACUUUAGCUGAUUUAGUAGUUUCAUGUAAAAGAAAAUCCGAAUUACAUAAGCAUAUAUCGAUGCAAAAUGUGAAACAAAUUAUAACCAGCAUUAAUAAUUUGAGAGAAAACGAAACAUGCGGCGCCAUUUAUUAUCUCAUUGCAGUUCUUCUUUGGCAUUAUUCUGAAGUCUGUGAGCGAUAUCAAGAUUCUAUUAUGAAAAUAAUUUUAACUCAAAUUGAUGCUAAUGACGAAAACUUAGUUACUGCAGGUGCCAAUUGCUUUACCCUAAUAACGAAAGCUACGGAACGUUCAUUUAAGCCACCAAAGAAAUUUGUAAAUUACAUUAAUUGGGUGUAUAAUCAAAUGUUAUUGUGUAAUAGCUUACACGUUAUAAUAAAUCAAUUGUUUAGUAACGUUUCAGAAUUUAUUUUCAUUGACAAAGUGGAAUUUGAAGAUUGUGAAUUACUUGAUUUGCCAAAAAUAUCUGAAGACAACAUAUUAGAGUAUUAUAAUGGAUUAGAACGAAGAUUUAUUAACUUAAAUAUUUACUUAUCAACUAUGUUGCGUGGUUGCGGAGAGAAGAAUUGUGUUUCUCCUACAGAUAUUUUGCACAUAUUGUGUAGGGGUUUGGCUAUUACUCCAUUAAAUUUAAAGACAGAAACAUCUGUAAGAACGAUUUUAUUUUCCAUGUUACCAAGAUUACAUGUGAGCUUAUUAACGACCAUAAGUGCAUUCAUUGAAGGAUUCAGACAUGAGUUAAUACCUUUUACGAACUCAAUUUUGAAACUUAUACAACAAACUUUUGAAUGGACCGAGAAAAUAUCAAAUGAACAGAUAACAUUUAAUCAAAUUGAAUCAUUUAAAAAUGUAAGAUUGUUUGCUUAUAAAGCACUUAAUACAUGGUUAACAUAUACAGGAUCAGUUACAGUAAUUGAAACGUUCACAAAAUGUUUUCUUCCUCUUAUUAUAAAGGAUCUUAAAAGUUUAUCAAAAUGUGAUUUAGCAGUAUCUUGUUUUAGAGACAAUCGGCAUGAAAACAAAUCUUUCCAAACUUCUAAUCAAGGACAUUUCCAAUUAAAUACAUAUGUAUGCGAAGAGGCUCUUUUGUCAUUACAAAACAUACUGUUAAACGCUAAUUGCUGGCUGAAUUCUUCUUCUUAUGAGCCAAUUAAAAACGAAGUUUUAGGUACUUUACAAGAUUUGUAUUUGCAAUCUUCAAUAGCUAAUGGCAUUAAAUUAAAGGGGCAUUUUCGUUUACAACUUUUAAAAACUAUGGAAGCUCUACAAAUGAAUUUUCAUCCAUUGCUUCCACCACCAACACAAUUUGCAACAGAAAUAUUUGACAUGGCUUUAAUGGAUACAGAUGUUAAUAUAAUUAAAGAAGCUAAAUUAAGUAUAGCUAGAAUGGAAAAGAUUGUUCAUCCUGGUGCUCCCACGUUAAAUUUUCCAAUUAUAUCUGAAUAAUUAAAUUAUUUAUGUUCGACAUCUAGUUGAAAAAUUCUUAAAAACAUCGUUUGAAUUAAUUAAUUAUUAUACUUAAACAAAAAUUUAUAGUACAAUGUAUGAAUCAUUAAAAUUUUGAUAAAAUGUUUUAGAAAAAUUAUAAUAAUUUAGGUUAAUUAAUUAUAUUUUAUAUAAUAAUUAUAUUUUGAAUAUCAGUUUUGAAAUUAAUUAUUGCUUCCGCAUAGAGGAAGUAUUGUUUUCAUGAAAAAAAUUCGAGUCUUAUUUUUGACCACUUUUUGACGAUAUUUUUUUCAGUGAUGAUAUUCAAAAAUACUGCUACAGAAAUCCAAAAAUUAUGCUUAAAAAAAAUGUCCGUAUGUAUGUACUAAUAUUAUAUUUGCCUCGAUAUUAGAUAUUAGAGUAGAAAAUGAUCAUACAAAAUUUGAAUGUAGAGUUUGCGGUAAAAUUUGUACUUCUGGAAAAUCACAUAUUCAGCGACAUGAAUCUACUUUGGUUCAUAAAAAUAAUUUUAGUCUUUUGGAAUAUACUUAUCUGAAAAAAAGAAGCUUCUCCAACCACCCAUUCUGUAGAUUGUCAGAAAGUUGCAGCAAUUGAUUGAAGUAAUGUAGAUUCGAUAGAAAAUGAUGUAAUUUUUUUUAAAAUACUUAAAAUUUAAAUUCUUCUAAUUCACGUUUAUCUUUUGAUUCGAAAGUCAAAGAAAUAAAAAUUAAAAUAACAGA